CACUUUUUUGUCGUUUUGUUGGUCCAUAUGACUGCUAUAUCAAUCGCUUAUUUUCUCUCAGCAGCUCUUCACCUCAUCACCAGUGACGCCCUUUUCAAGCUGUAAUUGUCUUGAUCUGUUUCUCGCACUUCCGAGUCCCCUCGUAUUAUCGACCGAGUUGACUCGACUUUACUCUUCGCUUUUCUUAAAUUCUCUCUUUUUGAGCUUGAAGCUUGAAUCUCCGCCAUGAAUGAUGGCAUGGAUCGGACUCGCGCUUUUUUCAAAGACGUUAAGCGUCUUGUCAUCAAGGUUGGGACUGCUGUUGUGACUAGAAGCGAUGGGAGAUUGGCCCUUGGGAAACUAGGAGCUCUUUGUGAGCAGAUUAAAGAGUUGAACUCUGAAGGUUAUGAAGUUAUUUUGGUGUCAUCAGGUGCCGUUGGCAUUGGUCGCCAGAGGCUAAGAUACCGGACAUUAGUCAAUAGCAGCUUUGCUGACCUCCAAAAGCCACAACGUGAAAUGGAUGGGAAGGCAUGCGCAGCUGUUGGACAAAACAGCCUGAUGGCUCUUUAUGAUACAUUGUUUAGUCAGUUGGACGUGACAUCAGCACAGCUUCUCGUGACCGAUAAUGAUUUUAGGGAUAAAGAGUUUAGGAAGCAACUUAAUGAUACUGUGAAAUCACUGUUAGCUCUGAGGGUUAUCCCUAUAUUUAAUGAAAAUGAUGCUGUUAGUACUAGGAGAGCUCCAUAUGAGGAUUCUUCUGGCAUUUUUUGGGAUAAUGACAGUUUAUCAGCUUUGCUAGCUUUAGAGCUAAAAGCUGAUCUUCUCAUCCUGUUGAGUGAUGUGGAGGGUCUUUAUAGUGGCCCUCCUAGUGACCCACGCUCCAAGCUGAUUCAUACAUACAUUAAGGAAAUACAUCAGGGAGAAAUUACUUUUGGUGACAAGUCUAGGGUUGGAAGAGGGGGCAUGACAGCCAAAGUAAAAGCUGCUGUCAAUGCAGCUUAUGCUGGUGUCCCUGUUGUUAUAACCAGUGGGUAUGCUCCUGAGAACAUAAUUAGAGUCCUUCGAGGAGAGUGUGUUGGCACCCUCUUUCAUCAGGAUGCACAUUCAUGGGCCCCAGUUAAAGACUUUGGUGCACGUGAGAUGGCAGUUGCCGCAAGGGAGAGUUCCAGACGGCUUCAGGCAUUGUCUUCACAAGAUAGGAGAAAAAUUUUGCUGGAUAUAGCUGACGCCUUGGAAGCCAAUGAAAAACUGAUCAACAUUGAAAAUGAAGCUGAUGUUACUGCUGCACAACAGGCUGGAUUGGAAAAAUCCUUAAUAUCUCGGCUGGCUUUAAAGCCUGGAAAGAUUAAAGGCCUUGCAAAUUCAAUUCGUGUGCUUGCAAACAUGGAAGAUCCAAUUGGUCAUAUUUUGAAAAGAACUGAGCUUGCUGAUGGACUCCUCUUAGAGAAGACAUCAUCUCCUUUAGGUGUUCUUCUGAUUAUUUUUGAGUCUCGACCAGAUGCGCUGGUGCAGAUAUCUUCCUUGGCAAUUCGAAGUGGGAAUGGGCUUCUCUUGAAAGGAGGAAAAGAGGCCAAGCGGUCAAAUGAAAUUUUGCACAAGGUUAUCACUGCAGCCAUCCCAGAUACUGUUGGUGGAAGACUUAUUGGACUGGUGACGUCAAGAGAGGAAAUUCCUGAUCUGCUUAAGCUUGAUGAUGUAAUCGAUCUUGUGAUCCCAAGAGGCAGCAAUAAACUUGUUUCUCAAAUCAAAGCAUCAACUAAAAUUCCUGUUCUGGGUCAUGCUGAUGGAAUUUGUCAUGUAUAUGUUGAUAAGUCUGCCAAUAUGGAAAUGGCUAAGCGCAUUGUCUUGGAUGCAAAAGUAGAUUAUCCAGCAGCCUGCAAUGCAAUGGAAACACUGCUUGUCCACAAGGAUUUGGUGCAGACUGGUGACAUAAAUGAUCUGACAGUUGAUCUUCGCACUGAAGGUGUUAAUUUGUAUGGGGGACCAAGGGCAAGCAAGGAGCUGAACCUUCCAGAAGCACAUUCUUUUCAUCACGAGUACAAUUCCAUGGCUUGCACUAUCGAAAUUGUUGACGAUGUGUAUGCUGCCAUUGAUCAUAUACAUGAACAUGGAAGUGCACAUACUGAUUGUAUUAUAGCAGAAGAUCAUGAUGUUGCAGAAGUUUUUCUACAUCAGGUUGACAGUGCUGCAGUUUUUCAUAAUGCAAGCACAAGAUUCUGUGAUGGAGCUCGAUUUGGUUUAGGUGCAGAGGUUGGAAUAAGUACGAGUAGAAUUCAUGCUCGGGGUCCUGUUGGAGUUGAAGGAUUGCUAACAACAAGAUGGAUUCUAAGGGGUAGUGGACAGGUAGUGGAUGGUGAUAAAGGGGUGAUAUAUACCCACAAGGACGUAACUUAUAGUCGAGCAAAUGGGUUUAUACCGCCCUCACUGAAAAAAGAAGAAAAUGGUGGAGGCAUUGGCAUUCACUGAAAAUAUGGAUGAUGCCUCUAUCAUUGGCUGUUGCCUCCAUUUAUUUCAGCUGUAGUCCUUCUCUUGUGCUCUUUUAAAGUCCAUCUCUCACCGUUGCUUCUUGCUAUUACUAUGUAAUCUUUCCUUAGGCAGUUUAUAUAUCCAUCUUAUUUCAAUUGCAGUAUAUUAAUAAAGUUUUUGGCUUGGCAGAGCAAAA